CUCUUAUGCUCGUUUAGUAGGUUAGCCUCCUCUUACCGGUGCGAUUCUUAUGGCGUACAAGUCGCCAGGUCCGCUGGCUGGCCUAUAGGGCCGUUUCUACUCCCUCGUCCCCUGCACCGUUAGUAACGCGCUUCACUCUAUUUCCCCUCGCGCACACUCUCAUUGGUUCGCCAGUAGACCAUAGGGUCGCCAGUAGAACAUAGGGUCGCCUGAGGCGCGCCGAGCAAUCUGCCUGCAUGCAGGCGGAGCGCACCCACGCUCAGCAAUGGACCCUCUCGUCCGCCUCCUCCGCCCGCCUCCCGCGCAUCGCAAAUCCCCCCGCCUCGCCAAUCCCCCCGCCUCGCCAAUCCCCCUCGCCUCGCCAAUCCCCCUCGCCUCGCCAACCCUCCGCGCAUCGCCCCGCGCUUGAAAGACCCGCCCUGCCUGACUGCCGCUCCGCCACCCGCGGGUUCCGCCACUUCCGGGCCUUCCGGGACCUCCGCGCCAGCCCCGCCUCCCCUUGCGGCGCAGAGCGCGGGGGAGCGGGGCGUGCUUGCGGUCUACGAGGCGCUGUCGGCGCGCGAGAGGCGCAAGCUGCGCUCCGCGCUGUUCCCCCUGAGAGCGCGCGCGGCGGAAUCGGACAGCGCGGUCUGGCAGGCGAGCUGGGGGGUGCUGGCGCGCGCUGUUGCGCAGGAAUUGGGGUGGUGAGAGUGGGUAAAGGAGGAGCAGGGGCAGCAGUAGAGGGGCCAACAGUAGGGGGAGCAGUGGGGCCAGCAGAGGUGGAGGACAUGGUGUGGGCGCCCUUUGUCAAGUACCACCAGCUGCUGCUGACUGCCCACCACUGGAGCAGUUUCGUGCCCCUAUUGCUAAAGCUGGUAAGCAACGCGAAGGCAUGGUAGAGAUAUGGUACAGGUACGGUAGAGGUACGGUAGAGGUAUGGUAGAGGUACGGUAGCGGUAUGGUAGAGGUAUGGUAGCGGUACUGUUGCGGAAUGGUAGCAGGGCAGCAGCAGGGGCAGCAGUGGGGCCAGCAGAAGCAGGGAUCAUGGUACAGGCGCCCACAUACCUGCCCCUACAUGGCACAAGGUGACUUUUGAGUCGACUCAAAAGCAGCAGGGGCAGCAGUGGGGCCAGCAGAAGCAGGGAUCAUGGUACAGGCGCCCACAUACCUGCCCCUACAUGGCACAAGGUGACUUUUGAGUCGACUCAAAAGCAGCAGGGGCAGCAGUGGGGCCAGCAGAAGCAGGGAUCAUGGUACAGGCGCCCACAUACCUGCCCCUACAUGGCACAAGGUGACUUUUGAGUCGACUCAAAAGCAGCAGGGGCAGCAGUGGGGCCAGCAGAAGCAGGGAUCAUGGUACAGGCGCCCACAUACCUGCUCCUACAUGGCACAAGGUGACUUUUGAGUCGACUCAAAAGCAGCAGGGGCAGCAGUGGGGCCAGCAGAAGCAGGGAUCAUGGUACAGGCGCCCACAUACCUGCCCCUACAUGGCACAAGGUGACUUUUGAGUCGACUCAAAAGCAGCAGGGGCAGCAGUGGGGCCAGCAGAAGCAGGGAUCAUGGUACAGGCGCCCACAUACCUGCUCCUACAUGGCACAAGGUGACUUUUGAGUCGACUCAAAAGCAGCAGGGGCAGCAGUGGGGCCAGCAGAAGCAGGGAUCAUGGUACAGGCGCCCACAUACCUGCCCCUACAUGGCACAAGGUGACUUUUGAGUCGACUCAAAAGCAGCAGGGGCAGCAGUGGGGCCAGCAGAAGCAGGGAUCAUGGUACAGGCGCCCACAUACCUGCCCCUACAUGGCACAAGGUGGCGAGGCACGGAGCGCUGCUAUUGGGCAAGCGCAGCAACGGGCAGCUGGUGAAGAACACGAGCCACUGGCUGCUGCACUGCGCGGUCUUUCCACCCGACAAAGCCGUCAGGGAGCGAGCGCUGGUGGGCCUGCUCAUCCUCAUAGCGGUGAGUUGACCUUCCAGAGUCCUUCCUUUGGACCGAUUCAGUGGUGAAGGGCACAGUGCACUGCCUGCUGCUCUGCGUGGUCUUUCCGCCCGGCCAGGCCGUCAGGGAGCGAGCAUAAGUGGUCCCGCUUGUCCUCAUAGCGGUGAGUUGGCUGUUGAGAAUACAAGUGUCGAGGAGCG